AUGGUUAUUGUGACAAAGUGGCCGUCAAACGGCGGCGCCAGCUCGUUAACAGCUUGGCAACGUGUGCUCCACAAAUGCAGGAGUCAACCUCUGUGGCUGGCGAUAGGCAACACCUUCUGGGAAUAUACGCAGCGCACGAAGUUGAGCGGCAUGUGGCUGCUGCGCCGCAAUCGCACACACGGCGUGUCCAGAUUUAUUUGGUCGGCGGUGUUGCUGGAUUUGCUGCUGCUAAGCAUUUAUUUGACGCUGCUGCUGUGGCUAAAGUUCUAUUCGUAUCCCAUACUAAACACCAUAUCCAAUGAUCUGUCUAUAACGGACGUAGCCUUUCCAGGCGUCACAAUAUGCAGCCCCAAGGUGGUGAACAAGGAACGUGUGGCUCGGUACGUGCGCACGCUCAACAUUCCGCCGGAAUAUGACAUAGAUGCAGUGGCGGAUGGCUUUGAAUUUCUCAAUGCCUUUACGGAUCAAAGCUUUGUGGCGCCGUCACAUGACAGCUACAAGGCUACGGACGCUGUGCUGGAGCUGAACAAUGUUAGUUUGUGGGAGGCAGCAAUGGCUGUCAGUCCGGGCUGUGCGGACUUUGUGAAGCGUUGCUUUUGGGGCUACGAUGAGUUUGCCUGCAACCAGAGUCACGAGUACUUGUCAUUUAUACCCACGACUGCUUUUCUCGGCCCCUGCUGCAGCUUCAACUAUAAUCCACGUAAUGCAAGCUUUGUGCCCUUUUCGGCCAACAUCUUUGGCAUGGAUGGCGGCCUCACCUUCAUUGGCGCCGAGGGCUCUGAACGUGAUUUGAGCACUGGCCUUAUUGUGCUUGUGCACCAUCCGAUGGACUAUGUAACUGAGACAGCCGCAUCUGUCACCAUUACCGCCCGCUCCGAGAGCUUUUUAGAGGUCUCGCCCACCGUACAGAGCUCCUCUACGGAGGUGCUUGAGCUUCCCGAAAACAAACGUGAUUGCCUUAUAUCCAACGACCUGAAGCUGCGCAACUAUCGACAGGCUGCCUGCUUUCUAUCCUGCCAGACUGCAGCUAUAACCAAACAAUGUGGUUGCCAUCCCUAUUUGCUGCCCAUUGCCGGUGAAGCGUCCACCGAAUGCAAUCUCAACGAUACCUUCUGCUAUGCCAGCAACUAUGAUAAUUUCAAGAGCGUCCGUUGCGACCAUUGCCUGCCAAACUGCUACGACGUUACAUACUCAACGCUCUCCUACAAAACGGACCUUAAUUUGCAUCAGUUCUCAGUUAGCAAUUUCUACUCGCAGGAGUUGCUUAACAAUGAUAGCUUUGUAUUGCGCGUCUAUUUGGCAAAACAGGUGGUCCCUGUUAUAACCAAAGUAACUGUCAUGAAUUGGAUUGGCUUGCUAUCUGAUUUGGGUGGUAUUUUCAAUCUCUGCCUGGGCCUCAGCAUGAUAUCCGUUGUGGAGUUUUUCUACUACUGCACAUUUCGAUUUUACAAACACUAUCAGCUACAAAAGUUGCUGCGGCUUAAGCAAGCCUGGAAUUAA